UGUAAAAUUUGUUUUCCUAAACAUUGUGUGGUGAUGGCCAAAACAAAGGGAAAACAGGCGCUACGUGACUUACGUGCGACGUGCGCGUUCCAGUAGUUUUGUGUCGCGCGGACAGUGUUAUGCGCUGAAACGCAUCUGCGCACGGGGCGGCGCCGCUCUGUUGUUCGCCAUACUGGCUCCGACCGGACUUUCUGCAGAGGCUCCUGAAAUCACCGCUGCUUUUUUUAACACAAGACAUGGCCGAGGAUGAGGUGACUCCGGAGCAGCUCGCAGCCAUCGCCGCAGAAAACGAGGAGCCAGAACCCGUCAACUACAGACCUCCGGCCCAGAAGACGGUGAAGGAGAUCCACGAGCUGGACAAGGACGACGAGAGCUUACGCAAAUACAAAGAGGCCCUGCUCGGCCCCGGGGUCGCUGAGGCCGAUCCAAAAGCUCCAAACGUCCAGGUGACCCAGAUGGCUCUGAUCUGUGAGGGAGCACCAAAACCUCUGGUUCUGGACCUGCAGGGAGACCUGGAAGCUUUUAAAAAGCAGGCGUUUGUGCUGAAAGAAGGAGUAGAAUAUAAAAUAAAGAUCAGCUUUAAGGUGAACAGAGAGAUUGUUUCUGGUCUGAAGUACGUCCAGCAGACGUUCAGGAAAGGAAUGAAAAUCGAUAAGUCGGACUACAUGGUGGGCAGCUACGGGCCGCGGCCCGCCGAGUACGACUUCCUGACCACGAUGGAGGAGGCGCCCAAAGGCAUGCUGGCUCGUGGGCACUACGUCAUCAAGUCCAAGUUCACCGACGACGACAAACACGACCACCUGUCCUGGGAGUGGAACCUGAACAUCAAGAAAGACUGGAGCGACUGAAGGAGCUGUGUUUGACCCCGCCCCCUCUCCGCCCACCAUUCCUGCCUUUUUGGUUUCACAUUUCAUGCCUUCAUCCUGUCCUGACUCCUCCCCCUCACCUCAUCCGUCCAUCGCCUGCUCCUCUUCCUCACUCCCACCCUCUGCUGCUUGAAGACCCCCCUCCUAAAACAGUGUCUUCCUUUCUGACGUGAAAAGCAACUGUACAAUCAGUGUUUCUUUGCCUUUUAUAUAGAACGUCUUGGUGGUUGUCAUGUGACCGUUUCUCACCUUAAUCAGCUGUUUAUAGCCGAACCCCCCCCCGCCUUUUCAUUAAACCGAUACCUGCCUUGUCAACAGUCCAUCAGAACUGCUCUGUAGCCACGCCCCUUUCAGUAAGGGGCGUCAGAGUGAACAGGGGGGUGUUGGUAUAAAAAAAGCUGCCUUAUGUUUAAACUCAUCGACGUGUCUUUAAUCUGAAUUAACCCCGCCUCUAGCCCCGCCCMCUCACACAUCUGCACAGGUCUGAAUGUUCACAAACAUUAACCCAGUAUUGGUUCUGCUUCUUUAAGACAUGAGGCCUUAAGCUACAGUGUGACAGACAGACAUUUAUUUUAUUGUUCGUCCUUCAUCACAUUGUGCAGUCCGGAGGAGGAGGAGCCAGGCACCGUCUGCUGCUGCCGACACCUCGACGCUGUCUGGAUCCGCUCGCUCAACGUAAGAAAAGACUGACCCGCCCCCGAAGGUUUCGACUCGUACUGGAAACCAGAACCUGUGGAUGUAAGACCCGGUUCUGGUUCUGGUCAUGUGAUCCUGCACCACAUUCCUUCACGUUGUACAGUUUGUAUGAAAACGCCGCGGCGUGCUGGUGGGGUUCUGUGUCCUGUCGUCAGUAGUUAUCGCUCAAUAAAGAUUUUACUCAA